CUCUCUUUCCUCCCUCCUGUCGACUUAGUGAUAUCCGUGAAAGCCCACCAUGCCUACUCCGAAAUACUUCGACCAAUGUCCACCAUUCCCGUCUGACAUCCCCGUCGCGAACAUCCCUAUUCUGCCAUUCAACGAUCUCCAGAAUAACAGCGCCACCGAGUCAGAGAAACUAUUCAGUGCCUGCCAAGAGUUCGGAUUUUUCUUGUUGAAGCUCACCGACUCCGAAGCAGGUGAGCAAUUACUUCAAGAUGCAGAAAGAAUGAUGGAUCUCACAACCACCACUCUAAGCUUGGACCGACAGGUCCUGGAUAAAUAUGCCUAUAAACCUCCCCGCGAUCUCCUAGGAUACAAAUGCUCUGGCAAACUCCGCACCGACGACGGCAAACUCGACUGCAUGGAGAUGUACAAUCUAGGCCAGGACGAUAUAAUCGGGAACAGCGCUCCGCGCCAAAACCCAGACCCCAUUGAAGAACAGCGUUCGGACUGUCGGGCGUUCUUCGAGCAUGCUCAUGCUGCCAUCUCGGUUAUCUGCGUCAACCUUGACCAGCAACUAGGCCUUCUGUCCAACACGUUGAUUCGUCGAAGUCCAAUAGAUCAACCAUCUGAGACAUCUCUGCGAAUGCUUCUGAGUUGGCCUCAAACCAAAGAUGCAGAGAUUGGAAAUAAUCGCCAGAUCACUCUGGGCGGACACACUGAUAUUGGCACUCUCACGCUGCUCUUCCAUGUCUCGGGAGGCCUGCAGAUUUUGCCAGCUGAUAAGGAGAAUGUGCCUGAGAACUGGCAGUAUAUUCGUCCGGAGCAGGGUUGUGCCUUGAUCAAUGUGGGAGAUACUUUGGUGGAGUGGACUGGUGGAGUCCUGCGCAGUUCAUUGCAUCGGGUGGUCACGGCCCCUGGCGAGCAGGCCCGCGUCGCGCGACAGAGUCUGGCGUAUCUUGUUCGACCGCGACGGACUGAAACUAUGCAUCGCAUUAAGGGCAGUGCUGUGGUCCCGCCACUGGCCGAGGGAGAGGAAGAAGAUGCGCGGACCGUAAGUGAUUGGGCGGCGUGGAGAGCGCGGCAGGUGAUGAAUGGAGAAUUGAAGCCACAGACAACAGGGGGAAGGCGGGUAGUGCCACAUGCCUGAUGCUAGCUACAGGUCCCCUCUAUAGGAUGAUUGAGUG